AGGGAGAGGCGGAGGAGGAAAAGGCAGAGAGAGAGAGCCCAGCCCUUGAAUACACGGCAACAACAAGCCGACAGAGAGGGAGAGACACAGAGAGACUUGCCGAUAUUUGGGGGGAGCUCAGGGAGCCUUCGACGCUGCGGAUAUGAACUGAAUAGACACACUGGAAGAGGCAGGGAUCGUGCUCUUAUAUCCCGAAAAAAUUACUGUAAAGGUGGAAAACUAGCCCCCCAAACCCUCUGCUCUCCCUGACAGUUCUUAUUCAGAUAGUGCUACACCCAAAGCCCCGACCGACCCCCUCCUGCUCCUGCUGCUCCACCCCUCCGCCGCUGCACCGCUCCGGCAACCGAGAUGCACACGGAGACCCGUAACAAGAAAUGCCAGUCAACUCCAAAGCAGAAGAAGAGUGCUGUCAGUGCCCGGAAGAAGCAGAGGAGCCCGGCCAAGCAGAGCACCACGACCCGGCAGCCAUCGCUGCCACCACCGCCACCAUCAUCAUCACCUCCACCACCUGCUGUCCAAGGAGAGGAGAAGAAGAAGGAGGAGCCGGCGACCGGGCCUCGGCCACCUCACAGGGAGGAGGAGAAAUCAGGCGAGGAGGAGGCAAAGGAAGUGGCAAUCCAGACUGUGGGCGUGAAGGAGGAAGAAAAGCAAGAGGAGAAGGAGGUGGAGGGCAAGAGAGCCAUGCCUUCUGUACAGAUCAAACCAGAGCCAGAGGAGAUGGAGUGCACGCAGGCAGAUGUAGGUAAUGAAUGCCCGCAGCCGACGGACCUGAAGGUGAAGUUAGAGUGCAAAACAGAGCCGUGUUCGCCUCAGCCAAGCCCCACCGAGGACCAGACCGAACCGGUCGACCUGUCGCUCAACAAGCCCCGCUCGGCCACCACAACAAGCAUCGCGCUCAGCCCCGCACCCAGCAGCGCUGUGACCCAGCCCAGCCUUUCAGCCACGCCAGUCCCCUCCACGGUACAAUCCAUAGGCUCCAUGGUCCUCUCUCCGGGCUCCAUCUUAGCCACACAGGGUGCCGGCGGCCAACAGAUUCUUCAUGUUAUCCACACAAUCCCGUCAGUCAGCAUGCCCAGCAAGGUUGGCCAACUGCAGACCAUCCCUGUGGUGGUGCAGUCACUGCCUGUCGUCUACACCACCAUGCCUACUGACGGCGUUGCCACGGCAGCCAUCACGGUGCCACUCAUAGGCAGUGACGGGCGCUCAGAAGGAUCUGUUCGUAUUAAGCCAGGUUCGACGUCUCCAGUGGAAUACCAGAGCGACAGUGAUGCAGAGAGCGGUACGGAUUCUGGAACGGCUUCCCAAAGCCUCGAUGCAGGGUCAGUCAUGGACUUGGAGCCCGUCGAUCCUGAUUCAAUAGACCUGAAGAGGCGGCGGAUUCACAUGUGCGACUAUGAAGGCUGUAAAAAAGUUUACACCAAGAGCUCUCACCUCAAAGCCCACAGAAGGAUACACACAGGAGAGAAGCCCUACCACUGUACUUGGGAAGGCUGCACCUGGCGCUUUGCACGCUCUGACGAGCUCACCCGACACUUCCGCAAGCACACAGGAAUCAAACCUUUCCGCUGCACUGAGUGCGACCGCUCCUUCUCCCGGUCUGACCAUCUUUCUCUGCACCGCCGUCGCCACGUGAUGAUGUGAAAGCUCCCUUCAGCCAGCUCUACAAACCAACCUCUGAUCCCUUUGGUUUCUCAGAGUCCCUCACAGCACAUCUUGUACCAGUGCCCUUCACCUCCACAUCCUUCUUCCCUCCUCACUCCUGCAGGAUUUUAAACCCAAUUGGCAGAUGAGAAAAGGAUGUGUCUUCCUUUUCUCCAUCUUGAAAUCACAGGAUGAUUGGGAAUGUGAGCAUUUGUGUGCAUGCAUGGUGGAAAUAAUAAUGAUCAUCACCGUCCACCCCCAGCCAGUUCUUUCUCUACAAACUCAACUGUCACCUCAUCAGAGAGAGAAGAAUGGACUCAGAGACAUCCAGCAGCAGGGACGUUCCUCCAUCCAUUCAUCCAUCCACACAUCCAUCCAUCAUUCCAUCACAUGCAUCCAUUCAUCCAAAGGACAGGAGGAAGAGGAAGGGACACAAGUGUACCAUUUUUAAACUCUUGAUCUUAAAUCAGACAUCACUUCAGCUGCUUUUUUCUAUAUUUAAGCUGAAUUCUGUACAUAUCCAGAGUUGAGUCGAAGUUAUGCCACCAAAUAAAUGUGACUUCUUAAUGGAAGCAAAGGUGACUCCCAAGGAGAACUUAUAUAGCCCUUUUCCACACACAAAGACAUUUCCAGGCCCCCAGGAACCUUCUCAGGAACGCAAGGAUUUUACAUCGGUUUCUAACCUUCUUUAGUAGAGUGAAGGAUCUGUGACAGUAUUGGCAAAUUCUUUGAUCAAAAAGCAGGAAAAUAAGACCUCCAAAGUCCCAGUAGGUUUGCUACAGAGGUGUUAGCACUGGAACAGGGAGAACAUUUCACUUCAUUUAAUCAUUUUUAACAUUUAUAAGGAGGAUACAAUGCGGAAUAUUUAUCAGUGUUUAUGUGAGGUUCUUAGAGCUCCUUUUUCUGCAAGUUUUAAUAGGAAACUAAUAUGUGGAAACAGUUGAGGAAAUUAAAGAAAAAUAUUCUGUAAACUGUUGUAUUCUUCUUAUAAAUGCUUAUCAGAGGGACGGUAGUCUUAGUUUUAGGAGCAACAGGGAAGUAGAACUUGUAGUUCCUGGGGUUUUUGGCUCCUGGUACUUUCUGAAAAGGGUAUAAAAGAAAAAGAUUCACACAUAUAGAUAAAAUGUUUACUGUGCAUAUCAGUGUGACUCUGUAUGUGUGCUUGCAUGCAGUGAAUUUAUUCCCAGCAGCUGAAGUGACGUCGGACAUAGCCCCCCCCAUUCCCCCCCAAUCUUCCUCUGGUACACAGAGCCACAAGACUGUGAACUUUAUAAAAGGACUUUUUUCUUUUCCGUGUAUCAGUCACAUUGUUGUGUUUUAUCCCCGCACUCACACCUUUCAGACUCUUCUUCGAUAACAGUAUUUGCUUUGUUGUUGUCUGUGUUUUACAAAAUGAAAAAAGAAAAAAAAAGGCCUUCAGUUGACGUUUAGUUUUUCUUUGCCGGGUUUUGCCGCUCUGAAUGGAACGGUGUCUUUUUAGAAAAAAGAAGAUUUGAAUCCUUUUUUGUGUGUGUGUUGAGGUUGUGAAAAUAACAGAGGCAACACAAAUAGUCUGAGAAGUAAAAGUAUCUUGCAGGGAACUGGGGAAGCUUUUCUGAGUGUGUGUUACGUAUUGUUUGUGUGUGUGUGUGUGUGUGUGCGCGUGCAUGUGGGUGAGUUUUUAGACAAACACAUAAUCAGAAUAGAAUAUGUUUAUGAGUUUGUGUUCCGGGCACUUGUUGUUCUUUUACCUCUUGCCCGUUGAGCCUUAAUAACUGAAGUCAAUCCGUAAGGGCGAAACCAGAACCGCUGAGAGACGACGGCAGCUGAACCGGAGCCCAUCACUGUCUCUAAAAGUUCUUUCAUGAAGAGAAGAUUUACAUUUUAAUCUUUAAUUAAAACUAUGAUGCUAGUGCUGCUUCAGUGAAGCAGAUGUAAACAGAUGGUGGUGUAAAGUGAUCUUUAUGUUAAAAAUCCCAAACAUCCAACUGGUUUUAAAAACAUCUCUGCCUCCUUGGAUCAGCUGGACGGUGGCUGAAUGUCGUCUGUCAGGGGUUCUGGGAGAAACCAGGCACUGUGUCGGCCUGUCAGGGUCCAUCCUGUCUGGGGUUUAAACCAUGGGCAAACUAGGCACUCUCCUCACUAGCAUUUCCACCACAGCGGGGGUCAAUUCUCUUUCUAAGUAACUUCCUAUUAAAUACUAACAGAGAUUCUUGAUUUUUUUUUCUUUAAGUUUUUAAACCUUCUAUUACCCAUGCUGAGAUUUAAUCAGCACAUUUUCAAAUUUUCAUACAUUUCGGAGCAGAAUUGACCCCCCUACCCCAAUCUCUGCUUUCUAACCCACAGUGUCCAGUGGGCUGUUUCAGCUCCUGAACAGGGCUGAAUUUGAUUAUGCAACAAGACAUAGACCUCGCUCCAAGCGCUGUUCUGAACUCAGUAGUAGAUUGGUAGUUGAACUCUCAAAAGUUGUCACAGGAACCUUAAAAAAGGGAUGUCAGGAUGUGCAGAGGCCAUGUUGUUGAUCACAGAGUGUGCUAGUGCUGUAGCUUUAUCAAAGGGAAGGACUUUUAGAAACCAGAUAUAAGGAAAACACUUGGUUGGUGAUCAGAGGGUGAUGCUUUUAUCAUCCAGAUUGUCCCUCAGCAAACUAAAAAUGGCAUUCUGCUACAGAACCAUUCAGAGUUGUCAUUUAAAAAAAGCUAGAAAGUGAGUAAUGUGUGGAUGACUGAAAGAACAGGCCUCCUGUGAGCUGAAUACAUGACGUGAAGAUGGCAGAUUGUUGUUGAGUCUGCACAACGCAAAAAAAAAAUAAAUAAAUAAAUAAAAAAAAAAAAAAACAGAACAAAGUGAUCCAUCCAAGCAGAGUCACUGAAAUUUGUUUUACAAUUUUAAAUCUUUUUCUUUCUUCCUAUCUUUCUUUCUUUCUUUUUUUUUAAUACAAGGUCAGUUUUGUUCCUAGAAAAGUGUGAAGACAGGUGUAAAUGUAACAUAAGAAAAACUUUUACCAUCAAUCCUGAGUAAGUUCAGUCCCUUGUUUGGAGAGACUUUGCUCUUUCUAGCAGUGCAGAGCAAUGCAAUGUUCCCAUUUCUCUUAACAUCUCCCCUCUGCUUCAACUGAAAAAAAAGUUACUAAGCACAUCUUUCUAGAAGAGUAUAUGCAUUUGAUUGCAAUUUUCUUUCUUUUGUAAACUGUUGAUAAAGACAUUAAGGACAAAUAAUUAAAAGAGAUCAAUGUAUAUAAAUGUAUAUAAUCAGAAAGUGCAGAGUAAAUGUAACGGGUGAAUUUCUAUUUUUAACACUGACUAGAUAAUGUGAAAAAUCUUUCUUCUUCUUCUGUUGGUUUGAUGAAAUGUGCUUCAUUGUGUACCCCCCCCCCCUCCAUAAUCUAAUACAUUUGUUUCGUAGUUUCUUAAAAACAAAAAAUGGUCCCACUUUUGUUGUGAACACUUGUGUUGCAUGGAGAAUAGCCUUCUUGUUUUCUUAUAGUGAUGUUGGUGAGCAUGUCAGUGUGUGUGAGACAGUGGGAGGGAGGGGUCCCUUUACACUGAAGACCUGAGGGGGAAAACCCACUUUCACUAUGAAAUUGUAACUGAACUUGAUAAAUAGGAAGUUUGUUUAUAAUGACAGAGUCUAAUAUUUCAUCACUGGACCUGAUUUCAUAUAACAGAAAAAACAAACAAACAAACAACAAUAACAAAAAAACCCUCAUCAGUGUGUGUAGUUGAUUUGGGUCAGUUAAGCCCGAGGUGGGGUCAUUUGACUUAAAAAAAACAAAACAAAACAAGCAAACAAAGAAACAAACAAAAAAAAAAAACCACUUGAAUAAUAUAGUGUUUGGAGAAAGUUGCAAAGAAGUUCACAAA